GACCGCUACCCGCUACCAGUAGACCAAGACCAGUACUCUCUUAGUGAGUUACGGACUACAGGCGCGGAUCGAGCGUGUUUGACGGCUCCCGACACAGAGAGUGUGUCUCGGUUCGCUUCGCCGUUUCUUUGCCUCCGCUUUGUAAUCGCGUACCAGUCAGCACCGAUCGGACACUCACCUCGAGCGACCAUCGAUCUUUUCUCAGCGGUGUGUACCGACGGAUUCGAGAAACAGAAUCGAGCCAGUGUUCGAUAAUCGUUGACGAGAUAGAAGAAAAAUGUAUAUCCGAGAAACGGCAAAAGGACAGUGUGUGUGAUUCGCGACGCGGAGGAGAAACGAGACCUUGGACUGAAGUGCGCGUGUGCGAUAAGUAUUUUGCUACUCUUUUAUCGCUCGUGUUUGGUGCUAUCUUCUUUCGAAACGUAUCAUUGUCGUGCGUUCGCAAGACCGUUUAUUAUCGAGAAACGGACUAAUAAGACUGUCAGAAAUAUAUCCGUACAUAAUAAGCGGAUAUAAGAGAUCGAAGAAAGAGAGGUGCGGAAAAAGAAAGAAGGGACGAGAAAGCGGGCGAAAAAAGUGACGUAGUGGGGAGGAUUGUGCAUUUCCGGAGGCGGAGACUUCCUGCAACGUUUUCCCCUCUCCUAUCACCUGUGUGUACGUGCAAGUAUUCGUGCAGCGACGUGCGUGUAUCACUUACGCACGCGAGAUACGUUUCCGUCGGAGUGCGCGCAUCGCAAUAUAACUCCGCGCGAUCGUUGACAAGCGCACACGUGCGGCAGACUUCAAGUUACGUCGGCAUACUUUGGUCGCGGCCGACGGAUUUGUAUAAACCGGCGAAACGCGCGGACGAUUCCGCGUAUAUGCGAUACACGUACGGGGAUUUCUCAAUCUCGAGUUGUGCUGUGUCGUGAGAGCCGCGUCGGACGGAUCUCGCGUGAUCGCUAGAUACAGUGUUCGCGUGUGUCAAGAACCAGUGGACCCUCGCACGACCGCCGCCAAUUUAUCCACGGAGCGUUCAUUACACGGAAACAGCAUCGAAAAUAAAGAGAGAGAGAGAGAGAUAAAAUAACAAGAAUACAGAAAUAUAAAGAUUGGAUAGCAAUAUGAAAAAAUGUGUUUUAUGAACUACAACUCUAGCGGAAAAGACAGGAACGACCGUUAUUUCAUCUAGGCAGUUAUCUGAAUUUUCUCGACAUCGGCAAGAGAUCUGAUUUUCUUCUAUCUUAAGAAAGAAACAGAAGAUUUUUUCAUCCAUUAAUAGAAGAAUUCUAUAAGCGCCAUGAAUAUUGACGAUAUGGUUGGAUCUGAAAAGUCAUCAGUGGCAGGCUCACAUAAAUCUUCAAGUAAGAAGGAUCGGAGGCUACCAACUUGCACGUUGUGCAGAAAUCAUAAUGUACAGAUACAGUCUGCGGACCACAAGAGGCUCUGCCUAGGCCAGCUUUGUAUAUGUGCAGAUUGCUGUCAAAGACGAACAAUGCAAGAGGAAUCAGCAGUUCAAACAAAAAAGACCAGAGCGUCGAAACAAGACGAAGAAUUGAUGAAAGGAAAAAAAUUACCUCAUUAUGUCCUAAUAAAUCCUUCAGAAACGAUAAAGCCUUUUCUUAUACUUGAGGCAAAUAAACAUCUGAUAUCUCGCCAGAUAUUAGAUACAUGCUCAAUUAUAUCUAACGAAGAGGACCUAGUAGAUUCUCCAAAACCGGCCUUUUUUAUACCCGAGACAAAUAAACACUUGAUACCUCGCCAGAUUUUAGAUACAUGCUUUAGUACAUUUAAUGAAGAGGUAUCUAAAAAACGAAAGGGAAAGAAGCGAAAAGCAAGUAAAAAAAAGGAGGAAAUAAUGGAGCUAAAAAGAGUAAAGGCAAAUGAGGAGAUAAUAAGAGGUGGUGAUCUUGACAAGAUAUGUCAAGGUCAAGAUGAUUCGAGCUUGCUGUUUUAUUCUAAAUAUUUAUCGGAAAAGAAGCGAAAAACAAGUACAAAUGAGGAGGAAAUAAUCGAGCCAAAAAGAACACAGUUGAAAAUGAAGAUAAUAUUCGUGAACAAAUAUGAAGAGAAUAUUCGAAACAAAGCAAAGACAAAUGAGGAGGAAAUAAUCGAGCCAAAAAAUGCAAAGGCAAAUGAUAACAAUCUCAAGGAUUUGCUGCACUAUACGCUGUACAAUUGCCUGGUAUAUGACUAUGUACGCGCGAACCCCAUAUCGACCUUAGUGAAGGAAAUCGGUGACAUUAUCUUCGAAUAUGAUCGUAGCUCAAGCUCAAACGAAGAAAAUAGCUUAUACGAAGCUCAAAAGCGUCUAUUUCCAUUCAUUCACGAAAUCCGAGGGUUGAUGUCGUUGAUGGUCUAUGACGAGACAUACCGUUAUCGUCUUUCUACAUCGAGCACUGUAAAACCUCCGACGCACUCGUGUGAAAUAGAAACGCCACUGGCUUCAUAUUCUUUGCCGCAUUGGCUCUUUAAUUAUGCAGGCUCUGUGAAUACGCUUCCGUGCACUAACAUCUCGCCUAAACCUCCUAUAUAUUACCGACCGAUUACCGAUGGUCAAUGAAGCAAAUCGAGGAGAAAAACAUGUCAAAUCCAAAGAAAAUUGCGCCGCCUCCGAAGUGAUAAGACGGCUAUUGAGACGAGCGGUGGACUUAUAUAACAAAUUUAAUCAUUUCUAGGUCGAGAUUCGGACAUUUCGUGGUGUCAACGUCGCUGUGUAUAUUCGAUGGACCGAGCAACUUAUAACCGAGAUCGAGUUCUUUUUGUCACGAGAAAGCCGCCGUAUCAGUUCCGAGGGACGUUUCCAGACACGUUUUCCGUCCUUUAUUAGUCUUGAUUGUCUCGAUUGUGUCAUGCCGUAGUCGCGCUUCUUUAAUAGGAAGUUUCUCCGGUGGGCAAAGAAUUUCCGGUUAUCUCUUUGCGCGUAAUUUCUUUGCAAAUUUGAUUAAGCAAGAUCCUGGAGAACGAGAGAUCGCGAUAUAUCACUGUCGCGCCUUUGACUCUCUUUAUUACUCGUUCUCGUUUGACGAGUCCAUUUCUUGCGUUUUCUUCGCGUGUCCGCUCAUAUUAAAUUUGCAACAAGAAUAAAAUGGAGAAAAUAACAGCGAGCUCACCGUUCCAUCUGGGUGAUUAUAAACGUGUCAAAGCAAAUCGCGCUAAAGAAUCCAUCUGAUUGUGAGCAACACAGUUUUAUUCGCAGAUUUUUGUCAAUGCAAUGCGUGUGGAAAACCGGACAUCAACGACGACAGCGAUAGCGGCACUGGUCGAAUUAAUCGACGAAUUGUGGUGAUUUUGACGCUUUCUGCUUUAUUGAUAUAUCACAUAUAUAUUGACUAUCGCAAAUAUUGUUUUCUCAAUUCACGUGUUAUUAAAUGUUACUGGAUGGUACGAAACGUGCAGCUAUGUGCGUGAGUGACGGUAAGAUAUUUACAGUUUGAUUAAUUAUUUAAGUUUUAAGAAUCUGUCGAUGAUAGAUUUUUAUGUAAAAUCUUUCUAGCAGAGUAUUUCUUUCUAAGAUAUGUCUCUUGUCCGAUGCUCAAGAACGAAUUUUUUUAAUUUAAUAGUAUCGCAAAACGAAGCAGUUAAUGCAACAAGCAUUAAUCAUAGUCGCGCGUUAUGCAUAUUAAAAUUUUUUUUUGUACCGUAUUCAGUGAUUUAGCGGCCAUUUAUGUUCCCUCAAUAAUUAAAACUUGCCGUUUAUAUGCAAGUGCAUCUGCGCGCAUAAUAACGAAAUCGAUGGAUGUGUCAGUCGUGCGAUGAGGUGCAAUAAAACAGCUGCUCAAAAACUGGUUAUUCCAGCUCACAGCAUAUUAAUAUACAAAUAAGAACAUCGAAAAAUUCUUUUUGAUAGUAGUCUCAUUCUCUUCUGCUUGUUUUUUUUCUCAGUGUCCCUCUCUCUCUCUCUCUCUCCCUCCCCCUCCCUUUUUAUCUAUCUAUCUAUCUAUCUAUCUAUCUCUGUCUCUCCGAUUCUUUUGCUUCGCGUUUGAAAUGCAUUCCGAAUAACAAUUUGAUCCAUAGUUUGAGAUUGAAUAUUAUCAUAGAUCUCUUCAUGACUUGUUUCCGUAAAUGAAUUUACGUUUUAUGCGCGCCGCGUUACAUCGAACUUAUCGCCUUGCUUAAUUUGUAACAGAGAAAUUAAUUUACAUAUUAAUCUCGUGCGCUUUUGUAAACACAAGGUCUUACGCGAAAAUUUAUCUUAUGAUUAAUUUUCCUUUCGCAUAUAUAAGUGAUUCGAGAUCGAUAUUUCUCUUGGUGGAAUUAUAUUUUUCUUAUUUAAUAAAAUUAGAGGGAUUUUUUAUUAGAAUCAAUUCCAAUAUAGUCUACGGUAACUUUUACUACGGUAAUUUUUAUUUUAUUCUCGCAUUUUUAUCGUGUUUGAAGGAAAAUAUGCCAAUUCCGGCGCGGCCAUUCGAGCGUAGAAAAUCAUUCUGUUUCCGCCUUGCAAAUCGUGAAAAGAGAAAGUUUUCAUGGAUAUCAUAACGGCGGUUUGACAAUUGAUUUUUAAUUGACCAUUGCAAGAUACGUUACACGAAAUACAUAUAUUUCCUUCGAUUCUUUUGUUAAGUGUGACACACUGGUCGCGUCAGAUGUCCGUACAAAGAUAACAUACAGCAUGACUUAUUAUCGAGCGGCAAACCGAUAUCUUAUAAUUUUCGACAUCCUGUUUAUUACAGGGAAUCACAUAUUCUCAAUUUAAGGCAGUUUAUUUUGACACAGAUUACAUAUAUGGAAACGCGAUUGUAGUGCAACUUUUUUAUCAUUUUAAAGAGAAAAAUGGUAAGGGAACGAAUGGAAUUAGAUGAUAGUGUUUGUUGCGUGAAAAAAAUUACGACAUUGCUGAACGAAUUUUAAUCACUUCUUUGUUUUUGUCCGCCUUCCUCUGUGUUAAUGCUUUUCUAUGCUCGUUCACUGAUAUUCAUUCUUAAUUGUUCCUAUUUGUUCGAUCUGGACCCAUUGGAUACAUUAUAUCCGAUAUUCGUCAUAGAAUACCUCAAAAUCGCGAAGCAUCAAUAGUAGUCGCCGUAGACGACGUACCUUGUACAAGCUCGCGUGCAUUACGUUCGCGUAUGUAGCAUGCGUGUACAAUAUGUUUGUCCGGCGAGCACAUUGGCUCAUGCAUUUGUAUGCAUAUGUGCUCGUCUCGGCUAAUUAUAAGUAUGUACGAAUAGAUCUGCACGCGUGUUUUACAAAGUAUCAUGCACAAUACAUGAAAUUAUCUGGCCUAAAGACAUAUAACAUUCAUCUCUUUUGCCAAAAAAAAUAUUGCAGAGACCUUGAAAAAAUCUUGAAACCGAAUGGCUAUUCAUAAUUUUCCGAUAAUCUUAACUGAUAUACAGAAAGAGAGAGUGAAACUAAAAUAAAAAAAUAGAUUUUUCUUUGUUUUUACGGAGAAAGUUCCAAAUAAUUACAAUUAGAUCAUCAAACUGCUAUUAAUGAUAUGGUUUUUAUUUUGAAACUCUGCGAUCUUUUUUUCGUUCAUGGAGCAUUCGAGCAAUCCUGUUGAAAGAAAGAUUUUUAUUUAUAUUUAAUCGAUAAUUUAAUCAAUCAGAAGUUAAUAUUUUUAUCUGAUAAAAUGUACUUUGCCGUGAUGUAUUGCACGCCUUGUACUUUGAUUAUUAACGUUCGUACAUUUCACAGGGGGAAAUCCCUACACAUUUGUCGGUCGUUUAAUAUACUUUUGAUAAGGUACAUACACAAUUUUAGAGAUUCGACAAUUUCACGAAUGUUAGGUGCUGCGCGAAUUGCUCAUAGCAGAUUCGCUCUCAAUCUUGCAAACUUUACGUAUUAACGCCAUAUUUUUUUAAAGAAAAUUAAUCUUAAUAAUGUAAUCGAUAUCCUAUAGAUAUAUUUGUUAGAAAUAUGCAUCUCUUUUGCGUAGAUAAGAAUAUAUUUGCGCCGUGUGGAUAAAUACGCGCACAUUUAAGCGAAUAAUAAAGUAUAAUAUUAGAUUAUUGGUGUCAGCGAUAGCGAUUAAUUCAGUCUUUAUAUAUGUAUGUACACAUACACAUUUGCGCGCGCGCGCGCAUAUAUAUAUAUACACACACACACACACCACACGUACACACGUAUACAUUUAUCGUUCGUGAUAUCUAUUUUUUGCAUAAGUAUAUAUGGAGAGACUAGUUCGCGAUUAAUUUUCUGUGAAGCCAGCUCUCUAAAAAAAAAUAAUUGUUGAUUGUUGUUUCUUCUUUUUUUUUUUUAGAAUUUACUUAUUUCAGCUGAAACGAUCGAUGGAGAAUAAUAUUUAAUACUUGACGUAUAUAUACUAAUAGAGAUAUCUAGUGUAUAAAGAGGAUCGUUUUAUUUUAUCUCGUUGCAAUGUGCCUUUUUUGCAAAAA